AUGUCACAGAUAAGUGCGGAGCAGAUUCGGCGACACUCGAGCCCCAGCGACGCAUGGCUUGUCGUCGAGGGUGGCCUGCCUCAGCACUCCUACAAGGGUCGACUGGAUCUGCGAACCAAAAACGGUCAUACACAAGAUGACGAGGUACAUAAGCGACUUCUUUCGGAUUCGCACACCAAAGUACUCGAAGCACAACAGCGUCAGAGCGGAAAAGUUGCGUCGGCUAGAAGACGGCUUCCAAGGCUCAAAGACCUCACCAAUCUGGACGACAUGGAAAUUGCCGCUCUUAUUGUCCUGCCACCGCUAGCAUCUGCCUUCUACGCAUGCGGUUCAGACACUGAGGCCAGCUUACAGGCCAAUCGUCUCGCUUUCUCUCGCUAUUACUUCAACCCGCGCGUGCUAAGACGGGUUGAUACGGUCGACACAUCUGUCACUCUGUUCGGCAAGCCAUACCCUCUACCCAUCAUGGGCUCGGCUGUAGGGAACACUCACAUGGCCGGUCCUGACUGCGACUGGCAUCUCACCAAUGGCCUAGCCCAGUGUAAACUGCCUCACAUGGUUUCAACCUUCGAUCUACAAAAGCGAGCCAAGUCCGAGAACAUCUUUGCAGACCACUUUCUUCAGCUCUACGUUCAGCGAGACCACGCCACUUCUACUAAGCUCGUUCGGCAAGCGGUCAAAGAAGGUGCGCACGCCGUCUUUGUGACGGUCGAUGUAGCUCAGAUAGCCAAUCGUUAG